GAAGGAACCAUGAGUUGGCAUUUUCCGCUCUUCCUCUUGGCCACAGUGACUUCACCCUCAGUCUGCUCCAAGUUCAGUCCACUGUCUCUUGAGGAGCUUGGCUCUGACAUUGGAAUCCAGGUUUUCAAUGAGAUCAUCAAGUCCCAGCCUCAGGAGAAUGUUGUCGUUUCCCCCCAUGGAAUUGCAUCCGCCCUGGGGAUGCUUCAGCUGGGGGCCGAUGGCAGGACAAAGAAGCAGCUCACCAUGAUGAUGCGAUAUAACGUGAAUGGAGUCGGCAAAGUGUUAAAGAAGAUCAACAAGGCCAUCGUCUCCAAGAAGAAUAAAGAUAUUGUGACCGUGGCUAAUGCAGUGUUUGUUAAGAAUGGCUUUAAGAUGGAAGCGCCCUUUGUGACGAGGAACAGAGAUGUGUUUCAGUGUAAAGUCCGGAAUGUGAGCUUUGAGGACCCAGCCUCUGCCUGUGACUCCAUCAACCUGUGGGUGAAAAAUGAGACCAGGGGUAUGAUUGACAAUCUCCUCUCGCCCGAUCUCAUCAGUAACGAGCUCACCAGGCUAGUCCUUGUCAAUGCUGUGUAUUUUAAGGGUUUGUGGAAAUCACGGUUUCAACCUGAGAACACAAAGAAACGGACAUUUGUAGCCGCUGAUGGGAAGUCCUACCCAGUGCCGAUGCUGGCCCAACUUUCCGUGUUCCGGUGUGGGUCCACGAGCACCCCCAAUGAUUUGUGGUACAACUUCAUCGAGCUGCCUUACCAUGGGGAGAGCAUCAGCAUGCUGAUCGCGCUGCCGACAGAGAGCUCCACACCCCUGUCAGCCAUCAUCCCUCACAUCAGCACCAAGACCGUAGACAGUUGGAUGAAAACCAUGGUACCCAAAAGGGUGCAGGUGAUCUUGCCCAUAAGUACUCUUCCCUUAAAGGAAAAAAGCAUGGGUCUGUCAAUGGUAUGAACUGUGUUAAUAACAGACAACAUGUGGCUAAAUCAUGGGCCAUUACAAAGGUCAGAAAACCUUCAUGUCUCUCACAUCAUGCAAAAAGCAAAAAUUGAAGUCAGUGAAGAUGGAACCAAAGCUUCAGCAGCAACAACUGCCAUUCUGAUCGCAAGGUCGUCACCGCCGUGGUUUAUAGUAGACAGGCCUUUUCUAUUUUUCAUCCGACAUAAUCCUACAGGUGCUGUCUUAUUCAUGGGGCAGAUAAACAAACCCUGA